AUGUAUCUUUGGGCGUGUCUACUUGUUAUGAUAUGCUUGUGUGUUUUAACCUGGCAUUGGAGAGCCAGAAAGAACUACGCUCAUUUACCAUCCUAUACGAAUCUACCAUUAUUGGGAAACGCUUACAAAUUGUAUGGAAAUUCACGGAAGCUAUUCUUAACAUUUGAAGACAUAACGAAGAAAUGUGAAAGUGCUAACAAACCAUUUGUGUUCUGGGCGGGACCUACGCCGAUUUUAUUAUUAAGUGACCCCGAUGACAUCAGGCUGGUGGCAAACGCCUUUAUAGAAAAACCAUACUAUUACAAAUUUGCUAAUGCUUGGCUUGGCAAUGGCUUAUUUACUGCACCUGGUUCGAUAUGGAAGAAGAACAUUAAAAAGAUGGCGAGCACGUUUAUAGGACCAGCUGUAGAUCAAUACCAAGUGUUUUUCAAUGAACAAGCUCAGAAAUUAGUUAAAAAAUUGGUGCGGGAAGUGGACGGCGACUUCUUUGAUCCCAUGCCAUACUUAUGCUUUUCAGCUUUGGAAACUAUUUGUCAGGUUGGUCUUGGGGUAUCUAAAUCCAAAAAUCUGGUGACGGAGGAGUACUAUAAAGCCUUUCAUCGCACCCUCGAACUGAUUCUGGAUAGAGGCACCAAUAUUCUGAUGCACCCUGAUUGGCUGUACCGUUUGACGCCAGCGCAUAAGGAGCUCUUGAAAUGUGUUGAUGUUCUGCAUAAGGUCUCAAAAACGAUAAUGAAUAAUAAGAAAAUAGAACGCGCUUUAAAAAACGGGGACCGUCAUAUUGAUGAUAAAGAUUCCUUUAAAUCCUUAUUGGAUCAGUUACUGGAGCUCCGGGAACAUGACCCAACGCUUACUGACGAACAAAUUCUGUGGGAAACCGCAACCAUCAUAUUGGCUGGACAGGAGACGGUUGCUACCAGUCUCUUCUAUACUCUUCUCGUAAUAGGCAGUAGGAAGGAUGUCCAAGAGAAGAUGUAUGAAGAGAUAAUGAGGACAGUUGGCGAUAGACCGAUAAAGAAGGAGGACUUGGUUCAGCUAAGCUACUGUGAAGCAGUUAUCAAUGAAAGCCUUAGAUUGUAUCCACCAGCUGUCGCCGUAUUACGAAUGGCUGACCAUGACUUGAAGAUCAGUUCCUGUACAAUAACGAAAGGUACAACGGCAAUAAUAAACAUAUGGGGUGCGGGAAGGUCGAAGCGUUCGUGGGGUGAUGAUGCAGCAGAGUUCAGACCUGAGAGAUGGCUCCCACCGAACAUCCCCAGCACAAGUUCUUAUUUACCUUUUAGCUCGGGGAAAAGAGCCUGUAUAGGCAAGAAAUACUCAAUGGCAUUUUUGAAGACAGUUUUGGUGCACUGCAUACGAAGUUAUGAAAUAAUUAGCGACGAAAGUUUCAACAGAAUGGAGUUUAAGAUCGAUAUUGUGUUACGACCUUUGAAAGACUGUUCUAUGAAGAUACAACCGCGUAAGUGA